GUUUCUCUUCUCUCUCUGUUGCUUGAUAUUUUUUUUGUUCUUGCCAUUUUUUUUCUUAAUUCGAUUGAAAUGAAUUGUCUUCAGAAAUUUCCGAGAUUCUCUGCCGUGCCUUUAAAUGGUCUUGGAAGCCAUGAAAGGAAGCCUCUAAGCUUUGUUAAUCCACUGAGCAUGGUGAAUUCAGCUAAACCUCCCCGACUUAUCAUCACGAAGGCAUUUUCCGGGUCAUUGUCCAGUACUGAGAUGAGUGGAUCUGAAGAACAGGAAGAGAAAUCUGAGACAUAUAGUAACAACAUGACCCAAGCUAUGGGUGCUGUUUUGACCUAUAAACAUGAAUUGGGAAUGAACUACAAUUUUAUCCUUCCAGAUUUGAUUGUUGGAUCAUGCCUGCAGACUCCUGAAGAUGUUGACAAGCUACGGAAUAUUGGAGUUAAAACUAUAUUUUGCUUACAACAAGAUCCAGAUCUUGUAUAUUUUGGGGUUGACAUUAAUUCAAUUCGAGUAUAUGCAAGCCGGUGUGGCGAUAUUGAGCACUUACGUGCUCCAAUACAGGAUUUUGAUGGCUUUGAUCUACGAAUGAGACUUCCAGCUGUGUUGAGCAAAUUAUACAAGGCCAUAAAACACAAUGGAGGUGUGACUUACAUACAUUGUACUGCUGGGAUGGGAAGAGCUCCUGCUGUUGUGUUGGCAUACAUGUCUUGGGUUCAAGGCUUUAAGCUUAGUGAAGCACACAAUUUGCUACAGAGUAAACGCUCAUGCUUUCCAAAACUGGAUGCCAUAAGGAAUGCAACAGCUGAUAUACUCACAGGAUUUGCAAAGAACCUUGUUACUUUGACAUGGGAAGGUAACAACUGCUCCUCAGUGGAAAUCUCUGGACUUGAUAUUGGAUGGGGCCAGAGAAUACCACUGAAAUUUGAUGAGGAGCAAAAGUUGUGGGUGCUUGAGCGGGAAUUGCCGGAAGGGCACUAUGAGUACAAGUACAUUGUAGAUGGCGAAUGGACUUGCAACAAACAUGAGCUUGUAACAUCCCCCAACAAAGAUGGCUAUGUCAACAAUUAUAUCCAAGUUAGUGAUCCCUACAGUACUAGUUCAGAGCUGAGGAACAGGUUGUCUAGUGAUGAUGCUGAUCUUACAACAAAGGAACGGCUUACAAUCAGACGGUUUCUAGAAGCUUACCAGGACAAUGAAGAAUAACUGGUAAAGGUAAAUAUAAAUAUGGCCUGCAAAAUUGUGAAAUAGUGAAUUAUUAGAACCGUAUUGUUCCACAAAUAAUAAAUUUAUAAAUUUUGAAGCACUGACUACACAAAACAUUCUAAUAUUUGGGUAUGAAACUUAUUUGCUGCUGCCUUAGGCAGUAUAUUGUUUCCUUUUUUU